AGGGCAGUAUAGUGCGCAGGGACAUUUUGCGGUCAUCGAAAAAAACUGCUCUGUUCUUCAUCUCUCAAGUGACGUGUACCGUUUGACUAAUUUUGAUAUACAGGUUAUAUACUACAGAUAAACUUAAAGAUCCAAGUCUGCAAUGAGCGAGAAAAACAUGAACUCCGCCUUAGUGCGGAGGGUCAAUAAAUUAUUGGAAUCUAGGGUGGAACAUGAUAAGGAUACGUUAGAAGCCUUGAAAGAGUUGUCAACGUUCUUCACAGAGAACACAUUGAAUUCUCGCCGAAACCUGCGUAGCAAAAUAGAGAGACGGAGUCUGGCGAUAAACGAAGAAUUCUUAGCCUCAUUCAGGGAAGUAAAAGCUUCCUUAGACGAUGUUUAUCAAAAUGUUCUAGCAAUGAACACAUCUGUGCAAUCUAUGACUAAUCGCUUGCAAGCUACGAAGGCUCAAACUUCACAACUGAUUGAGCAGACCUCAAAGCUUCAGAGUGAAAGUCAAAUCUUAACUAUGCAGCAAGAAGUUGCAAGUGCAUUUAUCAGAAAUUUUCAAUUGACUCCAUCUGAAUUGACUGUACUGCAUGGAUCAGCCAGGGAGUCGCCUAUAACGGAAGAAUUUUUUUCUGUAGUUAGUAAAGUACAGGAUGUUCAUGGUAAAUGUAGAGUACUGAUGCAGUCCGGUUAUCAAACAUUGGCUCUGGAUAUUAUGCAAAGAAUGACAUUGUUACAAGAAUCUGCGCUUGAAAGGUUAUAUCGAUGGACGCAAACUCAGUGUAAAAACAUAGAAAACGAACGUUUGGCGCCGUUACUCAUUAAAGCCAUGAAUAAGCUACAAGAUAGACCAGUGUUAUUCAAGUAUAUUCUAGAUGAGUACUGUACAGCUAGGAGAACUGCCUUGGUGGGAUCAUUUAUAGAUGCGCUAACAUUAGGAGAGAGUUUUGGAACACCUAAUCCUAUAGAAAUGCAUGCCAAUGAUCCUAAGCGAUAUGUCGGUGAUAUGCUUGCAUGGCUACAUCAAGUAAUUCCUGUAGAGAAGGAGAAUAUUCUUAUUUUAGUGAAAGGCUGUGAUAAAACAGAUGUGUCGGACCAGGUGAAACAGGCAUUAAGUAACAUUACAGAAGGAUUAUGUCAUCCUCUAAAAUCAAGAAUAGAGCAUGUUAUAUCUACAGAGGCGCCAGCGACAGUAUUAUAUUCGAUAACAACUCUAAUCAGAUUCUACCGCGCUAUUACUGAACAAGUUAUACCCGAUAGUAUCUUAGAUCAAACAUUAUUGGAUUUAUUAGCUUUAAGUGAAAAAAGUUUUCUAAGUAGACUGCAGAGAGAAACAAGAAUCGCUCUCGGAGAGCGUGCGGAGCCUCCCGGAAGUGAUUUAGUCCCUGCUCCGUCAGUCUCUAGACUAUUAUCGCUCUUAAAUGAAAUAUUAUCUGUCGCUAGUAUAGCUGAAGACAGAGAAAAAGAUAUGUUACAGAUUGUGUCAUGCAUCAUCGAUCCAUUACUUCAAGAAGUUAAUGAAACAGCAUCCAGAUUGCCAACCGUGGAUAUGGCCGUUUAUCUUCUCAAUUGUAUGCAUCAGAUACAAUCAACGUUGGCACUGUACGAGUAUAUGGAUCAAAGAUUAGAAAGGUUACAGGCACAAUCCGAUGCGCAAAUCGACACACUUACGUCGGAGCAAGCUAGUUCUUUGGUAGCGCAUUUAAACCUUGGCUCAAUUUACACCAUCCUGCAAGGACACGAUCAGGGACCACUUUCGUCCAUACCGGGCAUGGAUGCCCUCAGCGUGAAAGAGUUCACUAAUAAAUUGGAGGCAUUUCUAGUGAUGCCGGAUGUCUUAUUGCUACCGCAAAUAAGUUUACUGCAAAGCAAUAAUCAUCGCAUGAUUACUCAGAAACGAUCGUUUGAAGUAAUCGGAGCUAUCUAUAGGCAAUUGUUUGACGCUUGCCAUGACCCGAAGAACUUAUACCAAAAUCCUAGCGGUCUCUUUUCCAGAACACCUGAGGAUCUUCUUCAGACACUAAUUUCUCAAUAAUUACAUUAUUGAUUUCUAAAAAUAUUGUAUAUUGUAUAUGUAAUGUAUAUAUUUAUGGCAAUGAAGUGUACGAAAACGAG